AUGGAGCCACGAAUUCCCUCAAUCUUCUCUCAGUUUCGCCUUGGUGCGCCUCAAAUCCAUACAAAGAUGGGUCUUCUUCUUCCAUAUCAACUCAAGAAAUCGCCCGCAUCGCUUUUAUUUUCAAAACAAGGCCUAUUAGCUGUCGUUUAUUGUCUUGUUUUUAUCUAUAUCUGUACGCUGUUCUUUGGAUCGAAUAAGUCUCGAGACAAUUUCUUUGCCGAAAAUCACGAGUGCGUCAAUCGAAAGACGGAAUCGUUGGAGUUUGACGAGCUCUACAAACGCCUUCCCGAGGUCGUAAACCAAUGCUCAGUUCGAGGCCGGCUAAACAUUCAAGGUUUCACAAACACGGAUGAGACGAAAUACCACGUGAUGCCAACAGAAUAUGCUCUACAACCGCGUCACGACUGUACAAUCAUCUCAUUAGGUGUUGGCAAAGAUGUCGAGGCUGAGAAACAGAUGCUGGCCGCGCUGCCUCAUUGCAAAUUUUUCGGAGCUGAUCCGGUCAACGACACGAAUGCAGACAUUUAUCCGGAAGUCGGCAAAUUCUUCAACGUCGCGGUUGGCGGCUCGAACGGAAUCAUGAGAGCGAAUGUGCUUGAAGAUCAAUACAAGUUCAAAGACGUCCCAUACAUCGAUAUCGCUGCUUUCAUGCGGAAUUUGGUGAAAAAAACAGUCGUUGACCAAAUUAUGAUCGACAUUGAACACGCCGAGUAUCCGAUGUUACCCUUUUUGUUGAAAACCGGACAAAUGUAUAAAGAAGGAGUCACCAUUUGUCAGAUCAACAUCGAAGUGCACAAUCCAUCCCCCGAACAGAAACAAGAAUUCUACAAAUACUAUCAUUUGAUGAUGGCUGAGAAUCAGUACACAAUGCUCACCGCGUCCACGAUCAUUGGACACAUUCGCCUCUUCAUGAUCAAUCACGCUGACGAGGAAUGCCAUCAACGAUACAUUGGCGAUAUCUACGAUCGCCCGUACACAACAACCACACAAAAACCUUUU